CCCCCCCCCCCUCCCUCUCUCUGUGUGCGUGUCUGUCUUCUCUGCAACUUCAUGCGAUUUUUCAGUACUUGUGAUGAAAAACUGACCGGUUAGUGGCUAAAAAAGCAUAGUAAAAACGACAACCCACUAAAGGAGAGAGAGAGAGAGGGGGUUGAUCACUCUUGAGGAGUCUUUUUGUUUUCAUUCUGGGUUUUUGAGGCCUGGUUUAUAAUUUGUGAAAUUUUUGGUUAUUGUCUGCUUCUAAAAUCUUUUCGGUAGUAGAAACCAUUUUAGCUGAAAUAGCAUGUAAGAGGACGCACAAAAAUACAAAAGGCUGAAAAAAGCAGAAGGAAAAGCAAGCCCAUAAGGAAGGAACAAAAAUACAAAACCUUCUUUGUUAAUGCUGUCUGGUGCAUGCACGUCUGGUCCUUCUGAUCAUGACUGGUGAGGGUCUCUUUGCAUGUCGGUUGUGAGCCUGAGUGAUUCUUCCUGAGUAAAAAUAGAGAGGGAAGAAAGAUAGCGAGAAAGUCGGGGAAAAAGUGACCUUUUCUCAUUUUCUUUUAUUGGGUUUCUCAAAAACAGAGGUCACAGAAAUGGAGGUCACAGAGUUUUAGCAGGGGCAGGUUUCAUGGGGCCUCUUUCUGGUUUUCUGGUUUCUGGGUUUCCUCAGAAUGGUGGGUUUGACUGUACUACCACCACCGUUUUCUCCAAUAGUCUCUAAUAUAAAGAAAAAUCACGACUUUCUUCAGUGGGACCGUAAGAUUUUGAGCUAUGCUGAGGAAGAGAUCAAGAGGAACAACCAGCAAGCAAGCUCUAAUGGCAGACUUUAGCCCUCUGCCAUCCCCAACAGACAAAUACAGAAAACCCAGUGCAUCUCUCUUCAUUUCUCCAAGGUUGUUCACCAGUUUUACUCAUAAAUCGUUCUCUGAAAUCGAGUCUGCGAUGAGCCCAACUUCCAUACUAGAUAGCAAGCCAUUCUCUGGUCUCAGAAACCCCUUCUGGUCCGAAACAAACAUGCCCAGAAACCCGGAACCCGAAAUCAAACGCCAUUGGGACAAUUUGGACUCCAAAGGCAUUGGCCUAGCCAUUGUGGAUGCUCUCAUUGAAGAGAAAACUGAUUCGAAACCAUCCAAACCUGAAAGCCGAAUGGUUCUAUUUGGUUCCCAUCUUAAGAUUCAGAUUCCUCCUCCCCCAAGUUCGGUUCUUUCUCCGGCUGAAUCGCCCAAAUCCCCGGCCGAUUUCGGCACCAAGACGAGGAGUUCUCAACUGGGUUCCUCUUCUUCCGGCUUAUCUCAGUCACCAGCGAAGAAAUCCGCAUUUGGGUCUUCCAAUUCGGGCAUGGAGACUCCGAAUUCUUCCCGGGUUUUCACGGGCUGUCUCUCUGCAAUUGAAAUGGAGCUCUCAGAGGACUACACUUGUGUGAUUUCUCAUGGUCCUAACCCCAGAACCACUCAUAUUUUUGAGGACUGCAUUGUUGAGAGCUGCUGUGGUGGUGCUGGGUUCGCUGAUUCCAGAAAAGAAAUUGGGAUUUUCACUGACCGGCCUUCCAGCUUUCCCUCUGAAAGUUUUCUCAGCAUCUGCUAUUCUUGCAAGAAGAAUCUUGGUCAGGGAAAGGACAUUUACAUGUACAGAGGUGAGAAGGCUUUCUGCAGCAGCGAAUGCCGCCAGCAGCAGAUGCUUUUGGAGGAAGGAAUGGAUAAAUUGGAACCUGAUGAUUACUAUGGGAUUUGUUCCUGAUAGCUCUCUUAAUAAAUCUCCAUUAAUCUUGCUUUAAUCCAAAAAACCAUAAAAGAAAAUGCCAACUUUGGAAGGGUAAUCUUUGUAUCAUCGGCUGUCCAAAUUUUGAUAAGGAUGGUACUUUGAAUUCCCUGGAAAAUUGAACCUUUGUUGGUGUUUUCUCACUUAUUUUCUCGUUAGCUUUUACUGUUAAUACUCUUCCUGUAAGGAGGACUUGAAAGGCUUUAGAUAUUGUAGAGAUGAUUUUGUUGAAUAGGUAAAUGCUGUUGGCCUGUUGGUUUUGUCUUUU